UCUCUAUAUAAAACCUCCCGUAACUCCCAGCUCAAACUCUCAAUCCGUCGUUUCGUUUCUGAUCAAAACCAUGGCUCAAAAUCUCUCUCUUCUCUCUCUCUUCCUCCUCUUCUCCCUCCUCAAACCUUCUCUAUCUCAAUCCUCUAAUCCGCCCACCGUCUACGAGCUCCUGCCCAAGUACGGCCUCCCUCAGGGCCUCUUGCCGGCCACCGUCUCCAGCUACACCCUCAACGACGACGGCUCAUUUGUCGUUGAGCUUCCCUCCACCUGCUACAUCCAGUUCGACUACUUGGUCUAUUACGACAAUACCAUCACCGGAAAGCUCAGCUACGGCGCUAUCACCCACCUCAAGGGUAUUCAAGUUCAGCGCUUUCUGUUCUGGUUCGAUGUUGAUGAGAUCAAGGUCGAUUUGCCGCCGUCUGAUUCGAUUUACUUCCAGGUUGGGUUGAUCAAUAAGAAGCUCGACGUGGGCCAGUUCAAAACUGUCCAUUCUUGCCGUGAUGAUAAGUUGGGAUAUUCCGGGUCUGGUUGCGGGUCGUGGUCUCGGGCUCUGAAGCUGCCAACUCCCAUCGCUGAUGAAGUCCAGAUGCUAAUUACAGAGUAGAUGUUAUCGAGUGCUUUCUUCUACUACUAUAUCUAGAGUCGUAAAAUGGUUGUUAAUGGUUCACGAUUUAGAGUUAGUUGCUUUCAGACCCAAAAAUCAGGAGUCUGAUAGUCUUUUCAAAAGCAAGUUGUAUACUCUUAUCAUGUAUAUACGAGACAAUAUAUUUCUGCUUUAGUCUUCAAUGUACCACUAUGUACUCUUGUGUUUGAGACUUGUGUAAUGAAAUAUUAGACCUGAAGAACAAUGGAUGGAACUUGUGC